UUUAAUUAACUUUUGGGAUACCAUUUUUAUAUUAUAAAAAUAAUACGAAUUCACAAUCUAACUGCUGAAAUUUUCACACGAAUGGACUAACGUUGCUGUUUCUUUGUUUACGUAUGGAGCAAACAUUUUAAAGUUUUUGAUGUAGGGUUUAACCAGUCACUAGAUUUUCUUCUAAAAUAAUACCUUCAAGCAAAGCCAAUUUUCUUUGACGCUGAGGACCUAUGAUCUGUUGGAUGACAAUGUCUUGUCUCCAAUUCAUUCUCCUUUUUAUUUUGCUGCUUGAUAAACCAGAUAAUGUCAGAACAGAAGAAACUAAAAGUUUCGUCUCAUUUUUAUACACUGGAAAAACUAGCCCGAAGCAUAUAGAGGAUACCUGUUUUGACAUCGAUCAAGUUUCAGUGAACAAUAUGUAUUUAGGUAUAUCAAUGUUCAUCAAUAAGAAUACGCCAUGCAAACCUGAAAACAUUGGGUUAAAAGAGGUUCAGAAAUAUAUAAUUCAUGACAUGUAUCAGCGACAACUUUGUAGAACCAAAAUAACUGUGUCUAUCAACAGCAGAAAUUGUGAAAAAGCCAUCGAGAACUUGGAGUUUAUGUGCCAACAUCUAGACAAAAGGUCAACGAUUUUCUUUCAAGAAUCUGGAGCAAUUGUUAUUUCGGCGUUUCCAAAACCAAAAAUGACUGAACUAGGACAUACACACGAAAUUCCAACAGCUCAUUGUAACAUGAAAGAGUGUGAAUUGAAGAACGCAAACAAAGUGAAAGAAGUGGGGAUUUUACCCUCUAAAGGUAUUCGGCUUGCUCGUCAAUGAUAUACAUUAACAAAUAAGACAUUAGUGUGCCCUUUUAAAACAUGAUGAAUUUUUGAAGAUUGUGCGUCGUCCGCCGUUUGUUAAAAAUUUUACUUUUAUUAUUGAAAUUACAAAGCCAAUUGUUACCGUUUUGCUUGUAUUACCUCUAUGUUCAGAGGAAUCUAUAUUUCAAAUCAUAGCCUUUAGGUAAGAUUUUUAGGCCCUUGGGAGGGGCAAAUAUGGCCAUAUAUUAAAAAUGUAUAUAUUAAGCUUAGAAAAUCAUCUUCUCUACUUUCAAAUCACAGAUAAACUGAUGUAUGGCUAUGAUGUUCAUGAAGCUCUCUACCUAAAUUGUAAAUUCAUUACCUCUGAAUCCAGGGUUUCGAUUCUUUGGUAGGACAAAUAUGACCACAUCUUAAAUUAAGAUUUUUUACGUUAUUGCUCACAGUUAUCCAUAGUUAAUGCAUUGAAUUCCUUUGCCUUCACAAUUUUUUGAUAGGUAAAGAGGAUCAGAGAGUGUAACUUCAAUCACAAAAUGUCCCGAUACUAUUUAAUAUCUCAACAUUUUCUAGUGAAAACUUUCAUUUUACUAAUUGCAAGUGACCAUUAACGGUCUCUUUAUAUCAAAAGUUUACAAUAUUUGGCAUCCGAAACUAGAAAUUAAUGAUUCUAGAUUUUUCAGACUCUUGACUCCCUCUUUAAUGAAUUGAUUUAUUAAACAUUAAAAAAGAAUAAAUGCGGUUUUAAUGG